AUGGACAAAUGUAGUUCUUGUAAUAAUCACUAUCCACCUGAAGCUUUUAUGCUUAAUGGAAAAAAAUAUAAGACAUGUGUGACUUGUUUAAUUAAAAAAGCUGAGAAAAGAGCCAAAAAAAAAGCCUUGCCUGAUGAUAAUAAUGUUAAUAUACCUGAAGUUAUUUCAUUAGAAUAUUUAAGUGAAUAUUUUGCAGAAUUGACAGACAAUCUUGAGAAUAAUAUGGGGUUAUACUUUACAGUACAAGUUGAUAUUGCCGAUAUGCCUAUUUUAGUUAAUCAGAAUUUUAAUAUUAAGUUGAUUGCUAAUAUAAUUAUUAAUUAUAUUGAAGAGAGUGAUGGUUACUCUUGGGUAGUUAAAACAGCACCACAUAUCUCAACUUGCCAUGAAAAUGUUGGCACCUUCUAUUUUAGCUACUCUCAGUGUAAUAAAUUGGCACGUGAUUAUAAAGAAUCAAAUCAGCAAAGAAUGAUUCGUUUUGAUUACCAUGGAAUGCUAAUUAUAUGUGUUGAUGUUCCUGCGACUAAAGUUAUAAUAGAUCUUAAACAUAAUAUUCUUCAUGAAAGACUAGUUAAUGUUACAAUGCCUAUAAAAAUAAAACAAGAAAUCAAAGCAAAUCUUCAUAUGGAUCCCCUACAAAUUCGAACAUAUCUUCAAGAUAAGUUCGAUAUUUCAAAGAUUACAGCACAUUAA